AUGUCUUGUCAAGAACCGGAUCAGUACCAAUUCCCGGUUCUUGAAGAUGGUUUCACUCCCAAUGAAAUUGAUGAACUCUUCUCCCUUUUGCAAUCAGAACCACCGGUCCAUUCAACCUCCGGUUCACAGACAAUCCAUUCGGAUAACUCUGUUGAAGAAACUAGGAAGCGAAAGAGGAUGAUAUCAAAUCGAGAAUCAGCCAGGCGAACUCGAUGGCGGAAGAAGAAGCAGUUAGAGAACCUUAUAGUCGAAGUAAAUCGCCUGAAAAUCGUGAACCAGGAAUUGAAAAACCGUUUGUGCACCAUUGAACAUGAACGUCAUUUCGUUCUAAGAGAGUCAAAUGAGCUAAUAGUGGAAUCGUUGCAUCUCCAACAAAACCUGGUCGUUUUAUAUGAUAUCCUGCAAUCUAUGCAACUCUAA